GGCCGUAUCUAGAAGUCAAACAAAACAAGCCGCUUAGGCAGCGGUAGCGGUGCCGGGACAGGGGAGGGGCACGCCGGAACCGGAACCGACUUGACGCCGGAACCGGAAUCGAGAGAGGGUUGCCAGGGCCCGGAGAGGGCUGGUGGCGGCGGUCUCGCUCGGCUGUUGGUUCCUUGCUGAAGAAUUUGGCUACAAAGAGUUGCCAAGAUAGCUGGGCCAGGAAGAAAGCGCCGCACCCCUGACCCAGACACUGUUGCCGACCCUGGGGCACUCUGGCUGUCGAUCAAGCGGCUCAAGAUGUCUGGUGGGGCCAGUGCCACAGGGCCAAGGAGAGGGCCUCCAGGAUUGGAGGAGGCCACUAGCAAGAAGAAGCAGAAGGAUCGAGCAAACCAGGAGAGCAAAGAUGGAGAUCCUAGGAAAGGGUCAACAUCCACUCCUCAAGAGGAGCAGACCAAAGAGGAAUUGUUGCUUGAUUGGAGGCAGAGUGCAGACGAGGUGAUUGUCAAGCUGCGAGUAGGAGCAGGCCCUCUGCGACUAGAGGAGAUAGAUGCUGCUUUCACUGACACAGACUGUGUGGUGAAGCUUCCAGAUGGUCGGCAAUGGGGGGGUGUCUUCUUUGCUGAAAUAGAAAGUUCUUGUGCCAAAAUCCAGUCCCGAAAGGGUGGUCUUCAGUUGGCACUGCCCAAGAAGGUGCCUCUGCUCACAUGGCCCUCUCUCCUGAAGAAACCUCUAGGGACCCAAGAGCUCGUGCCAGGGUUGCGGUGCCAGGAGAAUGGGCAAGAGCUUUCUCUCAUUGCUCUGGAUUCAGGCCCUGAGCCCCGCAGGGCUAAACAAGAAGCCCGGAACCAGAAGCGGGCCCAGGGCCGUGGUGAGGUAGGCUCAGGGGCUGGCCCUGGGGCACAGGCAGGUCCCAGCGCCAAGAGGGCCGUCCACCUCUGCAGAGGGCCUGAAGUUGAAGGGUCCAGGGAUAGCCCUGGUCCCCAGGGUGAUGCCCCACCCUUCUUGGCUGACUCGGCCACCCAGGUUGAGGUUGAGGAACAGCUCCAUGUAUCACCACUGAACUCGCAAACCUGUCUCCUGGCCUCAGAGAAGAAUUUAGCCCUUUUGACAGGAGAGAAGACAGUAUCCCCCAGGAAUGACUCAAUUUCCCCAGCCAUGGUCCGGAACAGAGACCCUGGGAAAGAUGACCAUGUCAAAGAGGCAAUGGCAGUAGCAACAGAUGCUGUAACUUUGGUGGACGAACCUGAGUCCAUGGUGAACCUGGCAUUUGUCAAGAAUGAUUCAUAUGAGAAGGGGCCAGAUUCAGUGGUGGUACAUGUCUACGUGAAGGAGAUCCGUAGGGACACUUCUCGAGUGCUUUUCCGAGAGCAGGACUUCACACUUAUCUUCCAGACCAGGGACGGAAACUUCCUGAGGCUGCAUCCAGGCUGUGGGCCCCACACCAUCUUCCGUUGGCAGGUGAAGCUCAGGAACCUGAUUGAACCUGAGCAAUGUACCUUCUGUUUCACGGCCUCUCGAAUCGAUAUCUGCCUCCGGAAGAGGCAAAGUCAGCGCUGGGGGGGUCUGGAGGCCCCAGCUACACGAGGUGCAGUGGGUGGUGCAAAGGUUGCCGUGCCGACAGGUCCAACUCCUCUGGAUACAACCCCUCCGGGAGGUACCCCUCACCCCCUGACAGGACAGGAAGAAGCCAGGGCUGUGGAGAAGGAAAAACCCAAGGCUCGAUCCGAGGACACAGGACUGGAUAGUGUGGUGGCCCGUACCCCCUUGGAACAUGUAGCCCCAAAGCCAGAGCCACACUUGGCCUCGCCCAAACCUACGUGUAUGGUGCCUCCAAUGCCCCAUAGUCCGGUGAGUGGAGACAGUGUGGAGGAGGAGGAAGAGGAAGAGAAGAAAGUGUGUCUGCCAGGCUUUACUGGCCUUGUCAAUUUAGGCAACACCUGCUUCAUGAAUAGCGUCAUUCAGUCUCUGUCUAACACUCGGGAACUUCGUGACUUCUUCCAUGACCGAUCCUUUGAAGCGGAGAUCAAUUACAACAACCCAUUGGGGACUGGUGGACGUCUAGCCAUUGGCUUUGCUGUGCUGCUCCGGGCCCUGUGGAAGGGCACUCACCAUGCCUUUCAGCCUUCUAAGCUGAAGGCCAUUGUGGCUAGCAAAGCCAGCCAGUUCACAGGCUAUGCACAACAUGAUGCCCAGGAGUUCAUGGCUUUCCUGUUGGAUGGGCUUCAUGAGGACCUGAAUCGGAUCCAGAACAAGCCCUACACUGAGACUGUAGACUCAGAUGGGCGGCCUGAUGAGGUGGUGGCUGAGGAAGCAUGGCAGCGACACAAGAUGAGAAACGACUCUUUCAUUGUGGACCUGUUUCAGGGCCAGUACAAGUCAAAGCUGGUGUGCCCUGCAUGUGCCAAGGUCUCCAUCACUUUUGACCCAUUCCUUUAUCUGCCAGUGCCCUUGCCACAAAAGCAAAAGGUUCUCCCCAUCUUUUAUUUUGCCCGAGAGCCCCACAGCAAGCCCAUCAAGUUUCUGGUGAGUGUUAGCAAGGAGAACUCCAGCGCAAGUGAAGUUCUGGAUUCCCUCUCUCAGAGUGUCCACGUGAAGCCUGAGAACCUGCGCCUGGCUGAGGUAAUUAAGAAUCGCUUCCACCGUGUGUUCUUGCCUUCCCACUCACUGGACACUGUGUCCCCAUCUGACAUGCUCCUCUGCUUUGAGUUACUAUCCCCGGAGCUGGCUAAAGAGCGAGUAGUGGUGCUAGAGGUGCAACAGCGCCCCCAGGUACCCAGCAUCCCUAUCUCCAAGUGUGCAGCCUGUCAGCGGAAGCAGCAGUCAGAAGAUGAAAAACUGAGGCGCUGUACCCGUUGCUACCGUGUGGGCUACUGCAACCAGUUUUGCCAGAAAACCCACUGGCCUGACCACAAGGGCCUCUGCCGCCCUGAGAACAUUGGCUAUCCCUUCCUGGUCAGUGUACCUGCCUCACGCCUCACUUAUGCUCGUCUUGCUCAAUUACUAGAAGGUUAUGCCCGGUACUCUGUGAGCGUAUUCCAACCACCCUUCCAGCCCGGCCGUAUGGCCUUGGAGUCCCAGAGCCCUGGCUGUACCACAAUGCUUUCCACUAGCUCCCUGGAGGCUGGGGAUAGUGAGAGGGACCCCAUUCAGCCUUCUGAGCUCCAGUUGGUGACCCCUGUAGCUGAGGGGGAUACAGGAGCUCCCCGGGUGUGGGCAGCCCCUGAUAGGGGCCCUGUGCCUAGCACCAGUGGAAUUGCUUCUGAGAUGCUGGCCAGUGGGCCUAUUGAGGGUGGCUCCUUACCUGCCAGUGAGAGGGUGUCCCGGCCUGAAGCUGCUGUGCCUGGGUAUCAGCACCCAAGUGAAGCCAUGAAUGUCCACACACCCCAGUUUUUCAUAUAUAAAAUUGAUGCAUCAAACCGAGAGCAGCGACUUGAGGACAAAGGAGAUACCCCACUGGAGCUGGGUGAUGACUGUAGCCUAGCUCUGGUGUGGCGGAACAAUGAGCGUCUACAGGAGUUUGUGUUGGUAGCCUCCAAAGAGCUGGAAUGUGCUGAGGAUCCAGGCUCUGCUGGUGAGGCUGCCCGUGCUGGCCAUUUCACCCUGGACCAGUGCCUCAACCUUUUCACACGACCUGAGGUGCUUGCACCUGAGGAAGCCUGGUACUGCCCACAGUGCAAACAGCAUCGUGAGGCCUCCAAACAGCUGUUGUUAUGGCGCCUACCAAAUGUGCUCAUUGUACAGCUCAAGCGCUUCUCCUUUCGUAGUUUCAUUUGGCGUGACAAGAUCAAUGACUUGGUGGAGUUCCCUGUUUGGAACCUGGACCUGAGCAAGUUCUGCAUUGGUCAGAAAGAGGAGCAGCUGCCUAGCUAUGACCUGUAUGCUGUCAUCAACCACUAUGGAGGCAUGAUUGGUGGCCACUAUACUGCCUGUGCACGCCUGCCCAAUGAUCGCAGCAGCCAGCGCAGUGACGUGGGCUGGCGCUUGUUUGAUGACAGCACGGUGACAACGGUAGACGAGAGCCAGGUCGUGACCCGUUAUGCCUAUGUACUCUUCUACCGACGGCGGAACUCUCCUGUGGAGAGACCCCCCAGGGCAGGUCACUCUGAGCACCACCCAGACCUAGGCCCUGCAGCUGAGGCUGCUGCCAGCCAGGCUUCCCGGAUUUGGCAGGAGCUCGAGGCCGAGGAGGAGCUGGUGCCUGAGGGGCCUGGGUCUCUGGGUCCUUGGGGGCCCCAGGACUGGGUGGUCCCCCCACCACGAGGCCCCACCACACCAGACGAGGGCUGCCUCCGAUACUUUGUCCUGGGUACCGUGGCAGCUUUGGUGGCCCUUGUGCUCAACGUAUUCUAUCCUCUGGUAUCUCAGAGUCGCUGGAGAUGAGCUCACCUGCAGGCACCUGCUGUGAGCUGGCCCAUCUGCCUGCCUGCCAGGCCAUGCCUGCCUUUGUGGUGGGAAACAACUCUGGGCUCUGGGCCUCGGUGUAUGUAUCUGGUGGGAGAUGGUGGGGACUGUGGCCUCUGCAGGUGCAGAGCAUCUUUGGGUGGGUAUCCAUCUAGCUGUCUGUUCCUUCUGUUGCUCUGACCCCUGUCCUAGGGGUUGGCCCUGCUGAAACUACUUCCUGUAUUUAAAGUGUUAAUAAAGCGAGUAUUCAGGCCCGA